CCGUUAUCAGCAAAUUUUUGGCGCACCCGAGCAGGCUCUCGUGUGGUUUCUCUUGCAUUGUACAUUUGCAUUUAGACAAAGCGAAGAAUUGUUAAUCCCCAGGUACCUCUUAUCGGUCCGGCGUGAUCGACCUGAUGGCUUCGACAACCCUGGAAAAUGCCUUCUCGAAGCACUCAUCAUCAACCGCCAUCAUCAUCCCGGGCAAGCCUGCUCUGACCGUUUCGUACCAAAAGCUCGCGACCGACGUCAAAGCAUUCCAGCAGCAGCUUGCAAAGGUCGGCGUGAGCCCGCAAGCAGCCGUUUCAAUUGCCCUGCCGAACACGUACGAAUUUAUCGUAUCCUUCCUGGCCGCGUCAUGGCAACGAGCGAUAGCCGCGCCAUUGAACCCUGCGUACAAGCAGUCCGAGUUCGAAUUCUACAUAGACGACCUCAGCUCGGCGAUUGCGUUAGUUCCCAAGGGCGCAUUCGCUCAGGAUGCGGCAGCCGUGCGAGCCGCGAGGAAAUACCAUGCAGCAAUAGCCGAGUGCUACUAUAACGGCAACCAAGUGGUGCUAGAUGUGAAGGAGGCGGGGAGGCUGGCAGGCAAGAGCGCACCGGUGGAGUCUGCGCAACCGGAUGAUAUUGCCUUGGUGCUACACACCAGCGGCACGACAGGGCGCCCCAAGGCUGUGCCGCUGACGCACCGCAACCUGCUGCGGACCAUGAGGAACAUCCAGGAAACCUACCAGCUGACGCCCAAGGACCGCACCAUGCUGGUUAUGCCGUUGUUUCACGUGCAUGGCCUCCUCGCUGGUCUUCUGGCGCCGCUUGCUUCAGGGGGGUCAGUCAUUGUGCCAAUCAAGUUUUCGGCAUCUGAAUUCUGGAGGGACUUCCUCCAGCAUCAAGCGAAUUGGUACACGGCAGUACCUACUAUCCACCAGAUCCUGCUGAAGAACCCGCCUCCCAACCCGAAGCCCCAAAUUCGAUUCAUCCGCUCGUGCUCCUCUCCCCUCUCGCCAAAAACCUUCCAUGAGCUCGAGAAGACGUUUGGUGCUCCGGUUUUGGAAGCCUACGCCAUGACGGAGGCCGCCCACCAGAUGACGAGCAAUCCUCUUCCGCCCGGUAAGCGCAUACCUGGCAGUGUAGGUGUGGGCCAAGGUGUCGAAAUCAAAAUCCUUGACGAAGCUGGCAAUGAAGUCCCCCAGGGCAAGGAAGCCGAAAUCUGCAUCCGAGGCGAGAACGUCACGAAAGGGUACCUGAACAACCCAGCGGCGAACGCAUCUUCCUUCCAUAAAAAUGGCUUCUUCCGCACUGGGGACCAGGGCAAGAAAGAUCCAGAUGGAUAUGUCAUCAUUACCAGUCGCAUCAAGGAGCUCAUCAACAAGGGUGGUGAAAAAAUCAGCCCGAUCGAGCUGGACAAUGUGAUCGCACAAAACCCAGCCGUCUCCGAGGCUGUCAGCUUUGCGCUCGAGGACGAAAUCUACGGGCAAGACGUUGGCGUCGCGGUCGUCGUAAAGGCCGGCCAAAAGCUGAAUGUGGAAGAGCUGAAGGCCUGGCUUGCGGAGCGCGUCGCCAAAUUCAAGCUGCCCAAGAAGGUCUUCUUUACGGACGUAAUGCCGAAGACCGCCACCGGCAAGAUCCAGCGACGCCUUGUCGCAGAAGCGAUGCUCAAGAAAGAGCAACCCAAGGCCAAGCUCUAGUCUGCUGCCUUGGUCUCUCGUAUCUGCUGCUUGUAAAACAGAUAUACCGUUCUUGAUUGUACUUGGAGAUACCUGCAUAGACCAUAUACACCGCAUCGAUUAGAUCAUUUUCAGCUUUUAGAUCCAUCACGACAUCCGAAAAAUCAACAACUUUGCACCGCC